UCUAAGUACCAUGUUCCCAAGCCCCAGCCUGACUGGUAAAACAAACGUUGGAUGUCAGAGUAAUCUCGGACUAGAGUCCUAGUGUCCCAACAGCCCCAGUCUGACUGGUAUUGAAAUGGACUGAUUUACAAAGUUUACAAGAGUAAGGUGGUCACAGACAGGAAUCAUGGUCUACUCUUGUUUUAUCGGCCAUCUUCCUUCCCAGGUAACCAAGGAAGAGCUGUACAACUUGUUUGUUGGAUGUGGAGAUAUACAAGAUCUAUUUCUAUGUGAGGACAGCAAUAAAUCAUCCUAUAACUAUGGCUUUGUGAGGUAUAUGACUAGUGAACAAGCUCUCAAGGCUGUUCAAGAAUUAAACAAAUGGCCUAUACAUGGGACUCAUAUGAUUGUUGACAUAGCCAAGGAUACAGCUCAAAGAAUAAGAGAAGAGAAGAAACUGAACACUGAUAGAAUGGUGAAGUGUACUGGUCCCCGCCCCCCUCCUGUUUGUCACAACAUGCACAAGGAGAUGGAUUCUAAUACCCUAGUACAAGAUAUCAUGUAUCUCAGUCGUCUCAAAGAAACCUGUGCAAGUCUCAAUUAUAAAGUAAACAGUGGUCUUCUAGGAGAUGAAAAUACAAAAUCAUUGAAUGUGGACAAACUAUUAGACAAAAUGGCAGCACAACCACUAGAGAGAAUAAAAACAGCCCGAGGAGAAUUCAAUGAAGAUUUAACUCCAGAGAAAAUAUGUGAGAAAUUAUCAGAAAGUGAUAGAAAGAGGAGCACUGUAGAUAUGAGUAAGACAGCCAGUUUUAUCAAGGCAUUACAGACUGUGGUUGGAACAGUUCAUUCAUUCCUUCAGGAGGUCACAAUGGAACCAAAAGUACAAGUAGAUCUAAUGAAAAACACGGGAGAAUGUCUGCAGUCAGGCAAUCAUCAGUUGGAACCAGGAACCAGUGCCAGUACUGCUAGUGUCAAAACUAUUCAAAGUGUAGAUUUAAACAUCGAUCAAAAGGAUUUGAACUUAAGGAGAUUAAUACAAACAGUACCAGUCUUACAAAACAGUGGAGAUGUGAGAGGUGACUGUGUUCCUGCUUCCCUGUCUCAGUCUGUCUUACAACGUGGUAAUAGUGAAGAAGUUGAGGAUACCAGUAAUUCUGAUUCAGAUUAUGAAGGACCUUCUAGAGAUUCAGGAAUUGAAUCAGAUGCAUUAACAGCAAGGAAACAUCAGGCAUCAGAAGGGGCUUCUAGUUCAGAUGGUUCUGAUGGACAAACUCAUUGUAUUACACGAACAUCUAAUGAAGAGACAAGCACCACCGGUACAAGUGAGAUGGUAUUAUCAGGUUUUGUAAGACAAUCUCAUUAUAUAACACAGCCGACAAACACAACAGGCCAAAGUCAGAUUGUACCAUCACAAGGGACUGCUGGUUUAGAUUGUUUUGACAGAGAAUCUCAUUGCAUUCCACAGGAAACUAACACAACAGAUACAUGUGAGAAGAUUGAUGAUUGUUCUAUCAUAGAGUCAUUCUUACAGAAUGCUUUGAAAAUUGGAAAGAACCAUGAACAAAAUGGCCAGACAGUUGAUGUACAUGAAGUAAUGAAAAGCAAAGAAGGGAACAGGAAGGAAUUUCUAAGUCCUGUUUCUGUAGGCAGAGGGAUUGGCAGAGGUGUUUUUGGAAUUUAUAAAAAAUGAAAGAGUACAACUUAUUAAAGGACAAAAGACAAUUGAACUGAUCAGAAGAUGGUUUGAAGAACAGAAAGAAAACAGUCAGCACAAAUAAAGAUUUACAGAAUGAUGAUCAUGAAGAUCAGCAAUACAAGACAGAAAUUUGAUGUCCAUUUUACAUUUUUAUAUUUUUUAUAAGACCUAUUUUUAAAUAUAGAAAUGGUAUAGACGUGAUUUCUGAAAGUGAGAAUUAUUGUAUUCCUGAUUCAAUUUAAUUUUCUGUUUAGGAAUAUGCCACGGAAAAUUUAGUAAUAUCUUUUUCAUUGCAAUGGAACAUCACUAAUAUGCUUCAUGGUUAUCAUCUCUCCUUCACCUCUAUCAAGAAUAACCCACCAGGAGGACGAGACCAAAUCAUAUUUGAUAUCUUUAAAGCGUGUUAUCAAUCAUUUUCCCAUCUUUCUCUCGACACAUUUUCUGACACAAAGAGUUAUCUGAUGAUUAGAACAUAAGAUUUUGACUUGAAUGCAGGGUUAAUUUAAUUUUCACUGUGACUGCAGUUACUAUUUUGAUUAUUAUGUCCCUUGACUUGAUGGAAACAGUCUUGAUUGAUUUCUCAAUUACAAGUUGUCUGGAAUCUACUUUACUAAUUUGAUACAGACAAUAUUUUACUUCCCUGUUUGAAUUUCACUUUUGCCAUAUUAUUCGUAUUAUUCCUGAGCUAUGUGUCCUUCUGUUCCUCAUAAUUGUUCAAUUACUUUCAAGGCCAAACAGAAGCAUUCUUUGAAUGAUAAUCUUUUUAUUUUGCAACAGUACUAGCAUGACUAGUGCUAAGGGUUUUUGAUUUUAACUUUACAACAACUAUCACUCUAGAGUUAUCCCUCUUUAAUCAUAUUACAUGGAAAGAUAUGGUAAAUUAGAUUUGCUUUAAGUUUAGGAUUAUAAUACUUCUAAACAUGACUACCUUCCAAGAGUUUGAAUUUCACUAUUGUCACAAAUUACAAUUCAAGAGUUAUGCCCUCAGACUAGUCUAAUAAAAAUCCCAAAUUAUGUUAAUGCGAUGGGGUUCAUUGUACUUGCUAUGAUAAUAAACAAUUUGUAAUAUGUGCUUCCUUAAGAAAACAUGUGUAUAUGUACUUAUGUAACUUGAGCACUAAUUAAUUAAAAAUUAUAGCAAUAACACGAAUGUGUUAACCAUGGUUUCUAUCAACAUAUAAAGGGAAAAACAAUUUCUUAUUCUGAUGUCUUCAAUAAUAGAUUUUUGCAAAUGUUUCAGAAGAAAUCUAUGUCUAUUGUUGUGAAUGCUUUGUCCAUAUGUUGUAAAUAAAAAAAAAGAAGAAUAAGUUGUGAACAAGAUCUAGAUGUUCAAAUGACUAAAAAAGAGAAUAAUAUUUUGAGUCUAUUUAG